AUGUUCGCAGUGCGAAUCUCUUCAUCAGCGCUGCUGUACCAGAUACUGGUACUGCUAGCAGUAGUGGCCGCAGUCUGCUACGCUAUCCCAAUGAGCAAGUACGAUCCGUUUCUGAUGGACGAUCCGAUGAUUGAGAGCACUGAAUUUACCCCGCUCAACGAAACCAUGGGAAUGGGCAACAUCACCGCACUGGCUCGUUCAAAACGCAGUUGCUGUGGAUGCUGCUGCUGUUGCUGCUGCUGCUGCUGCUGCUGCGGAAAGAAGAAGAAGCGAUCUGUGGACGGCGAAAAAGCAAAAGGGCAGGGCUCACUGUCAAGACGGCGACGCGCACUGCACGACCUGGAACGAUGGAACUACAUGCAGAAUACACAGCGAAACGUUCGCAGCGCUUUGAUGGCAUUACUAUAA